UUCAGUUGUGCGCCACAUAAUGCUGAGUUAAGUUGGCCAGGUCGUCGUCGGUGUAUGAUUCUUGUUGUGCCACAAAUUAAAACUUCCUUCCCGGUUGUGCUCCCCAAGAAAGUUUGCUCGCAGAAGAAAUUUUCUCUGCUGCUGCUCAUUGUGAGUGAAUUCUUGUGUGCAGAUUAAAGAAGGAAGUGUCCCGGUGAUGAUCUCAUAGUGUGCAGUUCCGGAUGGUUCUCUUUCUUCCAAUUCCCUCAACAACUACUUUGGUCUGUUGUUGUAGCAGCACCAGCAGCAACAGCAGCUAAGAUAAGAUCUCUCCGUGGCCGCUGAUGACGCAAGGCGGAUACUGAACUCUUGUGUGGAUUCUCUUGUGCAGCACCUCAUUUUAUCGCAGAAUUUGUGUGUUUCACCCAAAGUGCAGUGCAUAGUGCCCCUCGAGGAUUGAAUGAGAAAUACCUUUGCUGCCAAGUGCCAAAGUGUGGUUGUGAGAAGUGUGCGCGAUGGGUACGAAAAUUGAAUAUGUGGACAGCAGUCAUAUGUAUGCAACGAACUACAUCAGGAAUUCUAAGGCAAUUGCUGUUCUCUGGGCCAUUUUCACCAUUUGCUACGCCAUCAUCAGUGUUGUGGCUUUUGUCACGCCAGAAUGGGUCGGAGAUCUCGAUGGAGACAAUUCGGGGCGUCUGGGUUUGUGGCAAGUCUGCACGAAGGAUGAUGUGACGGAGAAUUGCCAAGGACAUCUGGAUGAUGUGAUGUCUCUGCCAUCGUUAGCCUUUCAGGUAGCAACGAUCUUUGUUGGACUCUCCGUGGUGACCUCAUUGCUGACCAUUUGUUCACUCAUCCUCAUGUUCUUCAUGCGCUCCACAACAGUUUUUCACAUUUGCGGUUGGAUGCAAAUGCUAUCAGCAAUAUGCAUGAUUAUCGGCUGCCUGGCGUACCCCUUUGGAUGGAAUUCUGAUGACUUCCGCAAGGUCUGUGGCCCUGAAUCGAAUCGCUUUGAGCCAGGACUCUGUGGCAUUCGAUGGGCCUACCCAUUGGCCAUCAUUGGUUGCGUCGAUGGGAUCAUCUUGGCGACACUUGCCUUCAUCCUGGCCACGCGACACGUUCGCCUGCAACCUGAGCCCAUGUACCAGAGUUCAAUGUACAAAGGUGAAAUUAACAACGCAUAUCUCACAGAUGUCGCUAGUAUUGCUGGUUCGAGGAAAUCUCUCAAUCUACAGCCUGUGUUGCUCGUGGCGCCACCACAUCACAUGGGCGGUGGUCAGCAUGGUGACGAUACCAUCUCACAGUUCUCAAGUCGCACACCAAGUCGCUACAAUCGACCCGAAUUCCACAAUUCAAUGCAUCAGUUCCAACUUUAGAGACACACAUCCAGCGGAGACACACCGUGUGGAAUGUUCCCAUGGUUUGGAGCCAUGGAGAAGUUUUGUAAAAAAAUAUAUUUAAUUUAAUUUUUCAACUAUUUUUUUUGUAUCCUAUAAAAUAAAUAUAGCGCACAAUUUUUAUGAAAAAA